UAUGAGUGUGCAAACAAUAAAAACUGCUCAAACAGAGUACAAUAACUUAUUUGAAAAAAAAGAUUUUAUUCUCUUAAGCACAUUAAUUUAUCCUGGUAUCAUAAUGAUUGAUCAUGGUCAUUUUCAAUAUAAUUGUAUAUCGUUAGGAUUUUUUGUAGCUGCUGUAACUGCUAUUUUGAAUGAUUCUUUUAUUAAGAGUUCAUUUUUAUUUGUAUUAGCAUUAAAUUAUAAACAAAUGGAAUUAUAUCAUUCUUUGCCCUUUUUCUUCUAUAUACUUGGAAAGUGUAGAAUUAGUAAGACUAAAUCUUUGUUUUUAUCGGUCUAUAUACUAAUUUGUGUCUCAUUAAUAACUCUAAUAACAUUUACUAUUAUUUGGUUACCUUUCCUUAAAGAUUGGAACACUUUUUUACAUACGAUUUUACGAUUAUUCCCAUUUAACAGAGGUAUAUUCGAAGAUAAAGUUGCUAAUGUAUGGUGUACAAUUAACGUUCUUUAUAAAUUACGUAAUAUCUUUACAAAUGAGCAAUUAGCACAAAUCUGUUUGAUAAUAACAACAAUUGCUAUUCUACCGAUUUGCAUUAAUUUAUAUAUAUUUCCGAGAAAAGAAAAAUUUAUAAUUUCUCUCAUAAAUUCAGCCUUAGCAUUUUUUUUGUUUUCUUUUCAAGUUCAUGAAAAGUCUAUUCUUUUGGUAGCAAUUCCAGUAUUACUUCAUUUUCAUAAUGAACCUUUAGCAUGUUUUUGGUUAUUAUUAAUUUCUCAUUUUAGUAUGUUACCAUUGUAUAUAAAAGAUAAUUUAUAUCUUGUUUACUUUGUAACAAUAAUAUUUUAUUUUAUUUUUAUCACUUGGAUAUGGUCAGAUCUAUUUGUCUAUACAAAUGAAUGUGAUAAAUGUGAAAGAAAAUUGUGUAAAGCAAAACCAAAUAAUCAGAAGACAUCAAACUAUAAAGUCAAGUGCAGUAAAUUCUUUUUCAAUUUUAUAUCUAACUUAAAGUAUUAUUAUGGAUAUAAUUUCAUUAUAAAAAUUUUAUUUUACAGUUCUUUACUAGGAAUAUUAAUUUUAUCCUUUUUUAUUCGUUAUUUAAAGCCACCUAAGAAAUAUCCAGAUCUGUUUGCAUUAUUAAUAUCUGUAUAUUCAUGCAUUCAUUUUUUUCUUUUCUUUUUGUAUUUCUGUUAUAAACAAUUUAUACUUACAGAUAAUAAUUCUGCAAUCAAAUUAAAAAUACAUUGAAUCAUGUUUUUCAAUAUAAUGUAUCGCUUAUUUUUUUUUAUUUAAUGUUUUCUAUGUGAUAUAAAAAUGAUAUUGUAUAAAUGGUUAAAUUGUAA